GAAGAAGCAGAUCAGGUGCAACGCAAGGACGCCUUUGCUCGCCUAAGGUAAAGUCACCCGUUCGGUGUUGGUCUGCCAAAAAGCCAGACCACCCAACCAGCUCUGCAGCAUGAUGUCGAGCACGAGGCAUCAUCAAGGCCACACCGUGCAGACCUUCUCGAACAGCCGGGUGGCGAUGAUCGUGCGCGGCGCUUGGCGCAAGCUGAAGUACGCCUGUCUGUUGCUGCUGCUGCACGUGUACCUUGUGCAAGCCCUGCACAUUCGAGGCUGGGGAGACACUUGGUGUACGGGCGCCAGGUUCGUCGCUGCCAUCGUCUUCUUUGUGGACGCCAUGUUACUGCACAUGCUCUGCGUCAAGGGAAACAUCCUCGGCAGGAUCGUCGAUGGAGUUAAAGACCUCAAGAUCCGUUCUCCAAGGCUCAAAUGUCUGCAAAAGGCGUCCUGGACCCUAGUGAUGAUCGUGGUCGCAGCAUACGUGCUGUUCGAUAGCAGCCACAGCAUAUCGCGACUAACGGCCUGUGGUGGCGUGGGCCUCUGCAUUCUUAUCGGCUACGGUUGCUCCAAGAACCGUAAGGAGGUCCCGUGGCCUAGUGUGGUGGGCGCACUGAUAGCGCAAUUCCUGUGUGGCCUCCUCAUGGUGCGAUGGACUCCCGGACUCUUCCAUUGCCUAACCAUACAUGCUGGGGACGCCAUCAACAGCACGUUCCGCGGUAGUGCCUUCAUCUUCGCAUACCUCGAUGAUGGCCACUACGAGGGACUUCCACGCCAGGCGCCCAUCUUUGCGUUCCACAUUCUUCCAGUUCUGCUGUUCUUCAGCUUCCUGCUGUCGGUGCUGCACUACUGCGGCGCUGUGCAAUUCGUAGCCGUCAACAUGGGAAUUGUGCUGAGGAUGUUCACGAGACUCUCGACGCCUGAAUGUAUCUCUUCAUCAGCUACCAUUUUGGUAGGCCUGCCAAUGGCCGUGGCGUUCAUCAAGCCUUUCAUGAGCGAGAUGACACUCUCCGAGCUGCACUGUAUCAUGGUAGCAGGCUACUGUGGACAGCCAGCUGCCACCUUCGCCAUGAUAUUAAAAGUUUGGAACGCGGCACACCGAAAUGGCCACCACCUCCUAGCGGCGAACCUGAUGUCUGUUCCUGCUGGACUCGGAAUGGCCAAACUGGUGCUGCCCGAAACGCAGAAGGCUCCGCUUGCAAGCGCGGCCACCAAGCCGCUCGUCAGCUCUGAAAACACGGUAUUUGAGGCUGGGUCCAAUGGCGUGAUUGGGGCGCUGCCCCAAGUAACCCACAUCAUGGUCGCCUUGAUCGUGUACAGCGCAGUACUUCACAUGGCCGACGCAGUCUUGGGGAGCAUGCUCCUGGCUUUGGGAUUUGCCGUGCGUCUAAAGGAGGUCCUGGGAGUCCUCUUCUCACCGCUAUCGUUCGCCUUCGGCUUGACCGGCCGCGACGCUAUACAAGUGGGUUACCUUCUGGCAGUGCACACGAUAGGCAGCGAAGUCCUCGCCUUCAUCGAGCUCAACAAGAUGAACGCGGCUGGCGCCAUAUCGAAGCGUGCCGGCGUGCUGUCCACCUAUGCGCUCAGCAGCUCCUCCUGUUUGACCCAAGUGCCAGCCGUGACCAGCGUGCUCAACGACAUGGCACCGCCGAUUCGCAUCGCCGACAUCCAGAGCGUCUCCUGGAGGGCGCUCUUCACGGGAUGUCUGAGCACCUUGCUCAACACGUGCAUAGCAGGCUGCUUGGUCACAGACUGAGUGAGAGAGCGAAGAAGAAACUGCGCGCUGCCAACAGACCCCACAAUCAUUGAAGCUUUUAUUGCUUGAUACGCAUUGUCCUUCAACUCGUGGAAGACUCUGCUACAAAGCGGGAGACAAGCGGUCAUCUCGCCAUUAUUUUCUCAUUGACUGUUCAUCUAUUUUCAUUAUUGGAAUACUAUUUUGCGAAGGUUUUUAUGCAUGCGAUUCAAGGAACAAAAGAUGAGAUUUAUCAUGCACCCUCCCUCACA